GUUAGCGUGGCGGCUAGUUGCUCGCAACGCUGUCAAUAGUAAGCAGCACUACUUUGCUCUUAAACUCUUUUUUACUCCUUUUGAAUUUCGCAACUUCAAUACCGGCUUGUUUUACUACUUUAUCGGUGUUUACAGCGUAUCUGAAUUAUUCAUGCCGGUUUACAAUUGACUGGUUAGUGCUUGUUGAUUCGCAUUACCACCACGCGUCUAAUGUUUUGCGUCUGCUUUUUACUAUACAUAAUGUAACAAUAAAAUACAGGGAUGACACUUUUAACCAGAUCACCGGCCCUGACCUAAUUUGAUUCAAUAAAAAAGUAUUUUUUCCCCUUCGGACGGCACUAGUGUUUUGCUACAGCAUGUCUGCGCACAAAGGAGAAACGCUCCGAUUCGGCCAGGUGGUGAUCGGACCACCGGGUUCGGGUAAAACCACAUACUGCCAGGCCAUGCAGGAGUUCCUCACCCAUCUCGGACGCAAGGUAGCUGUGGUGAACAUGGACCCGGCCAAUGAUGGACUACCGUACACUUGUGCCGUUGACAUCUCCGAGCUUGUCACUUUGGAUGAUGUCAUGGAUGGCCUGAAACUGGGACCCAAUGGCGGGCUCCUUUAUUGCAUGGAGUAUGUGGAGGCCAACCUGGACUGGUUGCAGGAUAAACUGCAGCAGAACCCGGAUUGUUACUUCUUGUUUGAUUGUCCUGGGCAGGUGGAGCUCUACACACAUCAGAAUUCGGUGAAAAACAUAUUCUCACAAUUGGGAAAGUGGAAUUUUAGGCUAACAUGUGUGCACCUUGUGGACUCUCACUACUGUGCCGAUCCAGCCAAGUUCAUCUCUGUGCUGUGCACUUCACUGUCCACCAUGUUGCAUGUGGAGCUCCCUCAUGUGAACAUCCUCUCCAAGAUGGACCUAAUCGAACAUUAUGGGAAACUUGCAUUCAACCUGGACUACUACACUGAAGUCAUGGACCUGACGUAUCUUCUUGAUCAUCUGGCGGCAGAUCCUUUCUUCAAAAAAUUUCGCCGUUUAAACGAAAAGCUGGCAGAGGUCAUUCAAGAUUACAGCCUUGUCUCGUUUGUGUCUCUCAAUGUUCAGGACAAAGAAAGCAUGAUGCGGGUCUUGCGGGCAGUGGACAAAGCCAACGGUUGCUGCUUUGGAGACCUGGAGGAGAGGAAUCUUCAGGCCAUGAUGUCAGCUGCCGUAGGGGCAGACUUUGACUUUGCCUCCACUCUAGGAGUUCAAGAGCGGUACCUUGAAACCAGCGAGAAGACCGUGGAGGAGGAAUUGAUGGAUAUUUGAAGAGAGGAAUACGAAAUGAUGCCCGCUCAUAACCUUAAUAGAAGUAGAUGAACGCAGGAAUGACAUUUGAAGGACAUGCUAAAAACAUGUUUUAUUUAGAUAUUCUGCUUUAUUGAAAUGUUUAUACAAUGCACUGGGGAUGCUUCAUGAGAAAGUGAAUGUCCUUUGGGGAUUGCAUGUGCGCUUUCCUCCAGCGGGUGGCAGCCGACGUGCUCCCAAAACGGAGGCGUCUGCUCGCUGAAGAUCCGCUCCAGAUUUUCCCUCCAGCCGGAGGAGAAAAAUUAAGUCAGGCGGGGAGAGGAAGCCACAUUAAAUCUGUGUUUCUGCACAACUGGCCCUGUGUCUGCUCUUUGGGAUGGAAGACCCUCAAACUCUCCUUUUACUCUUUCCACCACUGUUGUUGUAAUCGUAUUAUAACACACCCUCCUUGAAAUUCUUAAAACUCUUUAUAAUUUAAAUAAAGUAUUCAAUGCGUCAUCAAAGUAAAGCUAAAUAAAUCCUAAAAUAACUGGUGAACGUUGAUUAUUUAUCGCCUCCAGUCAUCCAUGCAUUGAGGGGGUGUGUCAGGCACAAUGUUAAAUUGUGUUCCCAUGUUUGCACAUGUGAUCAACUAUGCCUCCUCAUUGGUACCUCCUGCCCCCCCCCCUUCCUCCCUUAAGCCCCCUACAGGAAGAUGUGUGUCUAUGAGAUAGAGGAAGAGUUUUGAAGUAACAAAUGGAAUUCCAAAUAAAUGAAAACAACAAUUUGA